ACCUGAGCUACAAUCACCCAGGAGACUCAGGAGUCAGACUGCUCUCUGCUGGACUGGAGGAUCCACACUGCAGACUGGAGAAACUCAAGUAUGUACAUGUGUCGAUCUGUUGAUGAGUGACAUACUGUAAGACAUUUUUCUGCGUUUGGGUUUGUUAUGAUCAUUUAUAGUUAACAGGUUAGGUAUCAUAAUUGAUAGUUAUCAGGUUAGGUACUGUAUGUUCAUUUAAAUGUACUGUAAACCAGACAUUUUACUUACCACCACAUGGAAAAUGUGAUAUGCUGACUGUGUGUGUGUGUGUGUGUGAGAGAGAGAGAGAGAGAGAGAGAGAGAGAGAGAGAGAGAGAGAGAGAGAGAGAGAGAGAACCAGUGUGUACAUUUACUGUCUGUUCUCCUGCUCCCCUUACAGUGUGAAACCUGAUGGAGUGUUAACAAUCAAACCAUGGCUUAGAAAAUAUGUCUGUGAUCUCACACUGGACCCAAACACAGUAAACAGACUCCUCUUUCUGUCUGAGGAGAACAGAAAGGUGACAUGUAGGAGAGAGGAGCAGCCGUAUCCUGAUCACCCAGAGAGAUUUGAGGACUGUGAACAGGUGCUGUGUAGAGAGGGUCUGACUGGGCGCUGUUACUGGGAGGUAGAGUGGAGUGGGAGAGGGGCUUACAUAGGAGUGACAUAUAAAGGAAUCAGCAGGAGAGGAGGGGUUAAUGACUGUUGUCUUGGAUACAAUGACAAGUCCUGGAGUCUGGACUGCUCUGACAACAGUUACACGGUUUGGCACAAUAAUAAUCCCACUACCAUAGACGUCCCCUCCUCCAGCUCCCACAGAGUAGGAGUGUAUCUGGACUGGCCAGCCGGCACUCUGUCCUUCUAUAGAGCCUCCUCUGACACACUGACCCAUCUAUACACAUUCACCUCCACAUUCACUGAGCCCCUCUACCCAGGGUUUAGGCUUUGGUAUGACACCUCAGUGUCUCUGUGUCAAACACAACAUGAUGUUUCACUCUAAUCAGGGUCAUGUUCAGUAAGACACACUGGAGCAACAAUGUAGAAUAUCUCUCUAGUCAUGAGAUAAAAUGUUAUUAUUAUAUCUAAAUAUUCAUGAUUAUACACCACCUAAGUGAAUAGUCAUUAAUAGAAUGAAUUACCCCACUGUGUUGUUAAACUGGUUUCAUUUACACAUCACUGAUCUGGUUGUUAUUGGGUUUGUAAAUAUUGUAGCGUCCCAGGUUCCCAGACAGGUUAAUAUAAUCAAUCACCCCACUGUGUUGUUAAACUGGUUUCAUUUACACAUCACUGAUCUGGUUGUUAUUGGGUUUGUAAAUAUUGUAGCGUCCCAGGUUCCCAGACAGGUUAAUAUAAUCAAUCACCCCACUGUGUUGUUAAACUGGUUUCAUUUACACAUCACUGAUCUGGUUGUUAUUUUGCUUCUUAGUGUUUGUAAAUAUUGUAGAAUGUUUAUUUGUCAAAUUCUUGACACAACAAUCUGGGUUGUGUAUAAACUUAAUUCAACUGAAUGAAAUGAUGUGACAGAUGUGACUAAUAAAGGGUCAUCAACCAGAUGGAA